CGAAGAGAAAUGAAGUUGGUAGCAGAUGGAUAAUUGUUUUCCUGAGCAUUGACACGAGUAAUCUGAUGAAGAUCGAUUGAGCGCCAAGGCAAAGCACAUUCUCCCAUCAUCUGUAAUUCAGUCAGUAAUUGAGGGGCUGCAGGACAUCCAUGAUAUUAGCCAGUCUCAUUUGCUACACAGGAAUAAUGUCUGGAUUGAAAGAAGCAUUGAAAGAUGCAGUACUGUCAGUGUUGCCAAGCCUGUCUCCAGAUGUUAUCAGUCAACUGGUUGAGAAGCUCACGAAUCAGGGAGUGGAGGGUUUAGAUGAUUUGAUUUAUGUGAAGGAAGAUGACAUUUUGGAGUUCAUCAGACCUAUCCAAUGCAGGAAACUUCUUAGUGCCUGGCAAAAUCAAGAAAAACAAAACCAAACUGUGGUUUUGCAACCAGUUGAUGUUCUCCCAUUGGUUCCCUGUGAAGCCAGCAGUACUCCUGAUGCACGUCCAUCAUGCUCCUCAAGCACAUCAGCAAGCAAUCCAGGAUCAACUGGUGUUUCACAUUCAUGGGCUGAAAAUUUCAAAGUUCCCUGGAACUUAAUGCCUGCAGGUAUACAGAGUGCUAUUGAGAAUGACCGGAGACCUUCCCCAGCUGACCGACGACAAAUGAUUAGGAUCCUUGCUGAUGAAAUGAAGAAACAUGAGGAAAACCCAACCAGAUCACAGUGUCUAACUGUUACUCAGCAAAUAGUCAGAAGGUAUCCAAAAGUGUUUGCUGACAUGGUAGGUGACAGGCAGAUUGUGGGUGGAUAUGCAUCUCUUCUGUCACAACUGAAAGUACGAAUAGAGCAUCUUAAUCGAAAAAGUACACUCAGUCAUCAUAUGACACAAAGGAAUGAAAUUGGAAAUACUAAAAAACGAAGUUCCACUGAUUCUUAUGGCUGUACAAGCUGGCAGCCUAUUCUUCCACCUGGUGAAAGUUACGAAAGUAUUGAAGUUAAGCGUCAAAGGAUGGAGGAGAUACAUCGUCAUGAGGGAAUCUCUGGAGCACAGAGAGGGGACAUUUGCAAACUCAUGGAAGAGACCUAUUGCCUCCAGCGUAAGAUGAUUAAUGAAAUCCCAUCCCAUACCAUUGCAGAUAUAAGAACCAAAUAGCCAUAUCUCUUUGCACAGAGACAUAUAUAUGGCCAUUUUGAGAUGCUUACUGACAAAAAAGUGCUCAGACUUUUGGAAUCGUCUAUUCAGGAGGGUGGACCAAAAAUUGUCCAGUUUUUCAAAGAAAAACCAACUAACGAGGAUGUUCGGAACACACUCUCCAGUGAUCAAAAUGAUCUUGCUGCUAUGGUCCUACAACUACUUCUUGCACACUUCAAAGAGAAAUUAGAUGGUCUUAUCCUUCUGACAGAUGAAUUUGCAACACCUUCGGAUGUCCAGCAAGCGUUACCUUUGCCAGAAUGUCCACGCCUUAUAAUUCUUGGUCAGUCUCUAAGCAACCAGCGGUUGAUGUUGAGCGUGGAAGGUCAGGUUGUGUGUGAAGGAGAGCAGCCCAACAUUGUCUCUGGUCUUGCAGCGCUGUUUGCCUCAUUUUACAAUUUUAACCUCCAGUAUCAGAAAGAGGCAGCAUGCUCCCUUGAGUUUAUUCAGAGACGCUUUCUCGACAUCAACCCAGAGCGUGGAUCUAAAGCCAAGAAAGGGAAAGUUACGUCAAAGAAGACUGGCCAAAUUGUGCAAAAAAAGAACACUACUGUGCACCCACAGGUUUCCUCUCUUCUGAGAAAACUUACAGACUUUGAAUGGAAUUUUUAGACACUUCCACUAUCCACUGUAAUUGAACUAAAAGGAAGUAAGGUAUAAUGCUGUUAACAGUUAAUUGCAAUACAAAAGUACAGCUGGCAUUUCUUUAUAUAAUGCGUUUUUUUCCUGCUGACAUUUUAUUUUUUGCACAAUUUUAAAAUAAUUUAAAACCUUUCGAUUAAUUAGAAGUUAAUUUGUGGAGACUACUGAAAAGUUAAUUUGUGGACAGUACUUGUUAAUGUUCUGUUAACUGUUCAGUGAAUUUAUUUCGUACAGCUGACAUUUCAACCAACAUUUUCUGGCCUUUGC